AUGACUUAAAAUACAUAGGUAGAUGAAAAUUAACAAUUUUAUAUAAAAUGUUAUUAAGAUAAGGAUUAUGCAGCCAUUUCAGAAUAAAAUUCAAAUAAAUAAUAAUAAUAAUUAUUAUUCUAAGAUUGCAUUUCCUUAUUAGAAUUUAUGAGUGGUCAAGAUUUUAUUGAAAAUUCUGAAUUCUAUCAUUUCAUUGCUUCCUCAAUAGAUAUAUAAAAAAACAUAAAAUAAAAGUUUAAAAUUGUUUAUAAAACUAUAAAUAAUGGACAUAUAUCUAUUUUAGCUUUUUUAAAAAUUGAUAAUUUCACUUUAAAAUAGACAAAAAAAAAGUUUUAUCAAUUUAAAAAAUAAUUUAGUGAUCUAUUUGCUCAUAAAUUAAAAACUCCUUUAAAUGCUUCUUUAGGAUUUCUUUCUUAAGCAUAUAAUAGCACUGAUGUUGAAAGUCAAACAAAAUCAAAUUUUAUAAAACCUGCAUAUAUUAAUGCAAAAUUGUAAUAUUUUUAAAUUUCUGAUUUAUUGGAAUUUUUAAAUCCAUAAUAAGAUAGGAUAUAUUUAAAAGCGAGUAAAAUAAAUAUGAAAUAAUUUUUAUUAACAUUAUCAGAAUUGAUUGAAUCUUAAUGCAUUAAUAAAAAAAUCUUGUUUUAAGUCUUUGUAGAAUAAAUUCCAAUUCAAAAAACAGAAAAGUAAACUUAAAAAUUUAUUGAUUAGUUUUUAUAUUGUCUCUGAUGUACUUAAACUGGAAAGAGUUCUUUAUAAUAUUUUAAAUUUAUCUUAUAGACACACAGCUUCUGGUGGUCAAAUUAGUUUGAGUUUAAGUAUAGAUAAAGAAAAUAAUGAUAUAAGUUUUGUUAUUGAUGGAAUAGGAUGUGGUUUUAAUGAUGAAGACAUAGAAAAUAUUGGUUCAUGGAUUAAAUCAUAAUCUGAUUUCUAAUUCAAAAAGAAACAUUUAGUAAUUAAGAAAGAAUUAAAGAUGUCAUUAGAAAUUACAAAUAAUCUUAUAAAUCUUUUAAGUUCAUCAGAUUAGAAUUUAGAAGUUACCUAAACAGAAUCAGGAACAAAAUUUAGAUUUAAAAUAAAUAAUAAAAAUAUUCAGAUGAAAGAAAGUUAAUAAGAGAUACAAUCUGUUGGUAUUAUGCUUAAAUAGAGGAGCUUAAAAAAUAUGAGAAGUUCUUAAAAUAAUUUUGGAACAAUGAAAUCCAUUUUUUCAGUUCCAGAUUAAUAUAUUUUAAUGAGUUCAUCAUAAAAAGUAAUUGAUGAACCUAAAGCAAAAUAGCCUUUAACAAAUAAAGUUAAUGUGUUGAAAUGGUAAAAGAAAGAUAAGCAUAUAUAAAGAGCUCGUUCUUCAUUUUUAAAUAAAGGAUUGAUUGAUUGUGAUAGAUAAAUUUUGAUUGUAGAUGAUGAACCAUUUAAUCAUGAUACAUUGAUAUUGAUGUUGAGAACUAUGGGAUACAAACAUUUUCUUAAAGCAUUUAAUGGCUAAUAAGCAAUUGCUAUGAUUUAAGAAAAUUAACUGAAUAUAAGUUUGAUUAUUAUGGAUUUAGAUAUGCCAAUUAUGGGAGGAAUUGAAGUAAUUUAAUAUUUUAAUUUAAUUAGGCUACAAAAAUAUUAACUCAAAUGAUGAUUGACUUAGAAUUAGCCUACAUUCCUAUAAUGGGAUGCACAGCUCAUGAUGAUAGAGAAACAUUAGAUUAAUGUAUUGAAGUAGGUAUGCUCCAUGUUGUAUUAAAACCAGUUUUUGUGAAAACCUUAAGAGAAGCAUUUUAAUAUAUUCUACACAAUGAAGAUGCUAAAAAGCGAUCGUAAUAUUUCUUAACUUCCUAAUUGUAAAUUUGA